AUGGGCAAGAAGCGCGUCCUCAUCUCGUACGGCGUGGAUGUAGACGCAGUAUGCGGCUGGCUGGGUUCCUAUGGCGGCGAGGAUAGCAGCAACGACAUCAGCCGCGGGGUCUUUGCAGGCACUGUCGGUACCCAGCGUCUGCUGAAGAUGUUCAAGAAAUACGACAUCAAGACGACGUGGUUUAUUCCAGGCCACAGUCUCGAGACAUUUCCCGAAGACAUGGCUGCCGUGCGCGACGCAGGCCAUGAAAUCGGGCUGCACGGCUAUAGCCACGAAAACCCCACCGACAUGACUAUCGACCAGCAGAGAGACAUUCUCGACAAGACAUAUCGCAUGCUGACCGAAUUCGCGGGGAAGCCUCCGCGAGGCAGUGUGGCUCCUUGGUGGGAAACUAGCCGCGAGGGAGCAGAGCUACUCCUCUCUUACGGCAUCGAGUAUGACCACAGCAUGAGCCAUCACGACUGCCAGCCCUACUAUCUGCGGACUGGCGACCAGUGGACCAAGAUUGACUACAAGAAGACGGCCGAAGAAUGGAUGAAGCCGCUCGUUGCAGGUCAAGACACGGGUCUUGUUGAGAUUCCUGCUAAUUGGUAUCUUGAUGACUUGCCACCGCACAUGUUUAUCAAAAAGGCUGCAAACAGCCAUGGCUUUGUCAACGCACGCGACACGGAAGAUUUGUGGAGAGACCACUUUGACUAUUUCUACCGCGAGUACGACGAGUUUAUCUUCCCUAUCACCAUCCACCCCGAUGUAUCUGGCCGCCCCCAUUUGCUGCUGAUGCACGAGAGAUUGAUUGAGCAUUUCAAGAAGCAUGAAGGCGUCGAGUUUGUGACCAUGGAGCAAAUGGUAGAUGAGUUCAAGAAGAAGAAUGCUCCGCCCAAGGGAGCGCUGCUUCCAGCCGCGCCGGGACUAAUGUUGAAGAAGUAGAUUGCGAUACGUGAGGGC